UUCGGGAGAUCUUCUCACAAAGAGGAUCUCGGCUUUGUUUCUCUCUGAAAUAAAGUCUAUCUUCUGGAAACAAAACCCAGAGACUGCAUGAUUGCUCAGACACAGGGCAGAUAAAAAAACAAUACAUUUGCUCCAGAUUCUUUGAAUCUUUGGAUGAUAUUAUGCACUGUAGAUCAUGAUAACAUCAAACUCUUUUAAAUUUAUUACAGCUGUAGAAUUGAAAAUGCACAAGAGGACCCACACUGGAGGGAAACCUUACAUGUGUUCACACUGCGAUAGGAGAUUUGUUCAUAGAGCAACUCUGAAAACACAUGAGAGGACCCACACUGGAGAGAAACCAUACAAGUGUUCAUACUGUGACAAGACAUUAAUUUGUUCAGGACAUCUGAAAACACAUGAGAGGACCCACACUGGAGAGAAACCAUACAAGUGUUCACACUGUGACAAGAGAUUCGUUCAGACAGCAAAUCUGAAAACACAUGAGAGGACCCACACUGGAGAGAAACCAUACAAGUGUUCACACUGUGACAAGAGAUUUGUUCAGAGAGCAAAUCUGAAAACACAUGAGAGGACUCACACCGGAGAGAAACCAUACAAGUGUUCACACUGUGACAAGAGAUUUGUUCAGAGAGCAAAUCUGAAAACACAUGAGAGGACUCACACCGGAGAGAAACCUUACAAGUGUUCACACUGCGACAAGAGAUACGUUCAGACAGCAAAUCUGAAAACACAUGAGAGGACUCACACCGGAGAGAAACCUUACAAGUGUUCACACUGCGACAAGAGAUACCGUUCAUCAGAACAUCUGAAAACACAUGAGAGGACCCACACUGGAGAGAAACCAUACAAGUGUUCACACUGUGACAAGAGAUUCGUUCAGACAGCAAAUCUGAAAACACAUGAGAGGACUCACACCGGAGAGAAACCUUACAAGUGUUCACACUGUGACAAGAGAUUCGUUCAGACAGCAAAUCUGAAAACACAUGAGAGGACUCACACCGGAGAGAAACCUUACAAGUGUUCACACUGCGACAAGAGAUACCGUUCAUCAGAACAUCUGAAAACACAUGAGAGGACCCACACUGGAGAGAAACCAUUCACAUGUGAUCUGUGUGGGAAGAGUUUCACACAAUCAACAAACCAUAAGUUGCACAUGCUCAUCCACACUGGAGAGAAACCGUACACAUGUGAUCUGUGUGGGAAGAGUUUCAUAAUAAAACGCAGCCUUAAAGAGCACAUGAACAUCCACUCUGGGGAAAAACCGUACACAUGUGAUCAGUGUGGCAAAGGAUUUGUAAGGUCUUCGGACCUAAAGAUUCACCUGAAACUUCAUACAAAGUAGAAACAUCUGUAUUCAUGUUCUUUGUGUGGAAAGAGUUUUCCACUGCUGAAAAGUUUAAAAACACAUCAGAAAAGACAUACUGCCAAAAAAGCUUAUAUGUGCUUUGAGUGUGAGAAGACUUUUUUUACAGAUGAGCAUUUGAAAAUGCACCAGAGAACUCACACUGGAGAGAAACCUUACAUGUGUUCACACUGUGACAAGAGAUUCAGUUCUUCAUCAAAUCUGAAAAAACAUGAAAGGACUCAUACUGGAGAGAAACCAUACACAUGUGAUCAAUGUGGGAAGAGCUACACUGAAUCAUCUUCUCUACAGAAACAUAAAAAAUCAUCCACAGCCCGAAAUCAUAAUAUGUGUACAAGAAAGAAAAGUCCAAAGUUGUCACGGUGAAAAAAGUUCAAGACUUCAAGACUUUUCAAGAGAUUCAGAUCAACUCAUAAAUAGUUCCUUCCCAAAAGAACAUCAUCUAAUUGUUUUAUUCUUGUUUCUCAAUUUGCUUCAUAAUAUAAUCUCUCAUUAUGCUUAUAAUUUCAAGUUAGAUUUUUUUUUUUUUUUACUCUUCAUUUAUGAAAAAGUGAACUUUUUAGUCGUGUGGACAACAAAGUGACCUGAAGAAGAGUCCAUCUUAGUUUUAGGAAAGACAUUGAUCUGGUGUUUGUGUUUAAUUGUUAAUCUUAUAAUCUUAUGAAUGCUCGACCAUUUGUGAUGCACUUGGUUGGUCGUAAAUCAAUAAUUUUCUCACAAAUUUUCAAGUAAUCAUGUAUUAAAUAAUCAUGUAUUUUA